GUAGCUGGGAAGGGUGAAAAGGUGGCACAAACCACUCAAGUUACAGCUGUCAAAUACCAUAUAUGUUUAUAUUAUACCCCGCCCCCCCCUCACUCAAGCAGAGGAUGAGAAAGGAAUGUAUUUGUGUGUGACAUGUUCCACUGCACACACUGUCAGGCUGGCCUUUGUCUGUAACAUGUGGAAUGGCAGGUACAAGCCCUGGGGAUGCUCUGGUUCAUGCAGUGCCGGAGAUCUCUUGGCUGAGCACUGAUUCUCCUGAAGAAGAGAGUGGCGACACUGCAGGCUCCGUGUGCAAUCAAAAGCCACUUGACAGGCUGCCAGAGCGCCCAGCACAGAGCGGGGAAGAGGGGGGCAGCGAGGGAAGACAGGAAUAGGAGGAGGAGGAGGAGGGGGACGGGGGAGCGGACCUGCUGCAUUUCCUACAGCAGCGAGGCGUCAUCAUCUGCAUCUGCCCGGGGAAGGAGGGAUCAGCAGCAGCAGCAGCCUGGGUUUCAUGUCCACCUACAAGGGGAGCAAAGCAGCAGCAGCCAGUUCCAUCUACAAAGGGGGGAAGGGGCUGGAUUUGAGGGAUACUGCAUUGGCUGCCCCUGCCCCCCUCGCUCUUGCAGUCUCUGGCUUUACGUGUCUGGCUGCCGAGCCAUGAAUUCUGCAGAGCAAACCGUAACAUGGCUUAUAACUCUCGGGGUGCUGGAGUCGCCCAAGAAAACCAUCUCCGAUCCGGAGGGCUUCCUGCAAACGUCCCUGAAGGACGGGGUGGUCCUGUGCCGGCUGCUGGAGAGGCUUCUGCCUGGCUCCAUAGACAAGGUGUACCCGGAGCCGCGCACUGACACCGAGUGCCUGGGAAACAUCAGGGAGUUCCUGCGAGGCUGCAGCGCCUUCAACUUGGAAACUUUUGACGCCAAUGACCUCUAUCAGGGGCAGAACUUCAACAAGGUGCUAAACUCCCUGGUGCUUCUCAACAAGGUUACAGCAGAUAUUGGCUUGGGAAGUGACUCUGUGUGUGCCCGGUCAUCUUCUCAUCGGAUAAAGUCAUUCGAUUCCCUUGGGUCUCAGUCAGUGCUUAGUCGCUCUUCAAAAUUAUUGCAGAGUCAAUAUAGGAGCCUGGACAUGACCGAAAACAGCAACCAUCAUAUGGUGGUACGGGCAAAGUUUAAUUUCCAGCAGACAAAUGAGGAUGAGCUAUCCUUCAACAAGGGGGAUCUCAUUCACGUCACACGCCUGGAAGAAGGUGGCUGGUGGGAAGGCACACACAGUGGCAAAACAGGAUGGUUCCCAAGCAACUAUGUCCGAGAAGUAAAGUCAUCUGAAAAGCCAGUGUCUCCAAAGUCCACAACACUAAAGAGCCCACCUAAAGGGUUUGACACAUCCGCAAUCAACAAAAGUUACUACAAUGUGGUGCUACAGAAUAUAUUAGAUACAGAAGGCGAAUACUCUAAAGAACUUCAGGACAUACUUUCCAACUACCUGCGACAUUUGCAAACUAGUGAGAAAUUAAGCCCCACAAAUAUCUCUUAUUUAUUGGGUAAUCUGGAAGAGAUAUGUGCUUUUCAGCAGAUACUGGUACAGUCAUUAGAAGAAUGCACCAAGUUACCAGAAGGGCAACAGAGGGUUGGGGGAUGUUUUAUGAGUCUGAUGCCACAAAUGAAGAGUCUGUACAUUGCCUAUUGUGCCAAUCAUCCUUCCGCAGUUAAUGUCCUCACACAACACAGUGAGGAACUUGGUGAAUUCAUGGAAAUGAAAGGUGCCAACAGCCCAGGGAUCCUUGUACUGACAACAGGUCUUAGUAAGCCAUUUAUGCGUCUGGACAAAUACCCAACACUGCUAAAAGAGUUAGAACGACAUAUGGAGGACUAUCACCCAGAUCGACCAGAUAUCCAGAAGUCUAUGACUGCAUUUAAGAAUCUCUCUGCGCAGUGUCAAGAAGUAAGAAAAAGAAAAGAAUUGGAGCUGCAAAUCCUGACAGAAACCAUUCGUGGAUGGGAGGGGGAAGACAUUAAGACAUUAGGCACAGUUAUAUACAUGUCCCAGGUUAUGAUACAAUGUGCAGGAAGCGAGGAAAAGAAUGAACGAUAUCUGCUGCUGUUUCCCAAUGUCUUGUUAAUGCUGUCAGCCAGUCCAAGGAUGAGUGGUUUCAUAUACCAGGGGAAGAUACCGCUAACAGGAAUGUGUGUCACAAAACUUGAAGAUAACGAAAAUCAUAAAAAUGCUUAUGAAAUAGCAGGUAACAUGAUUGAGAGGAUCAUAGUUUCAUGUAACAACCAACAAGAUCUGCAGGAGUGGGUUGACUACCUACAUAAGCAAACAAAGUAUACUUCAUUGAUAAACCCUACAAUCAAGCCCCACUCUGUGCCCUGUCACACUCUUCCGUCUCAUCCUGUCACACCUUCAAGCAAGCAUUCAGACUGCAAGCUCAUGCCACUAACACCAGCCUAUCACACAUUACCACACCUUUCACACCAUGGAACUCCACAUAGCACCAUUAGCUGGAGUCCUCUGGAGCCACCCAAGACCCCCAAACCCUGGAGCUUAAGUUGCUUAAGGCCUGCCCCUCCUCUUCGUCCCUCUGCAGCACUGUGUUACAAAGAGGACCUCAGCAAAAGCCCAAAAACAAUGAAAAAAUUACUCCCUAAACGAAAGCCAGAGAGGAAGCCAUCAGAUGAGGAGUUUGCAUUGAGGAAAAGUACAGCUGCACUAGAAGAAGAUGCUCAGAUUCUCAAGGUUAUAGAGGCCUAUUGCACGAGUGCCAAAACACGGCAAACAUUAAAUUCCACAUGGCAAGGCACUGACCUGAUGCAUAAUCACGUCUUGGCUGAUGAUGACCAAUCAAGUCUAGACUCCUUGGGUCGUCGCAGUAGUCUUUCUCGAUUGGAGCCUUCAGACCUCUCCGAAGACUCUGACUAUGACAGUAUAUGGACAGCCCAUAGUUACAGAAUGGGGUCUACUUCUCGCUGCCGCAAAGGAUCAACUCCUCAAGUAUUGCUCCCUGAAGAGGAGAAAAUUAUAGUAGAAGAAACCAGGAGCAAUGGACAGACAGUUAUAGAAGAAAAGAGUCUUGUUGAUACAGUUUAUGCAUUAAAAGAUGAAGUUCAGGAACUAAAACAGGAUAGUAAAAAGAUGAAGAAAUCUCUGGAAGAAGAACAAAGAGCUCGCAAGGAGCUUGAAAAACUUAUAAGAAAAGUCCUAAAGAACAUGAACGAUCCUUCUUGGGAUGAAACCAAUUUGUAAUUAUUCGUGUCUUCCUCUUUUCUGCCCAGGGAUCAAGAGUGGAGCUCUCUGACAUUUGGAGAGCCUUGUUGCAUUGGGGGCACUGCAGAAUGAGAUUUUACUGGAUCUUAGCAGGACUCUCACUUGCACUGGUUUGAUACCAUGCAUAGGUGACUGCCCCCAGACACGUCAACAGCUACAGGUGUAAAACUCAGAGAAUUUGGACUGUACCAAACCAAUAAUGUUUUUACCUUUACACAUUAAUUACCUCAUUUUGCAUAAAGUGCAGUUGCUAACUGAAAAUCCAUUUCCCCUGAUGACUGACUUUCUAUAGAACUAUUGAUAAUGUAUUCCUUUUUCUUGUAUAUAAUGUUUUGAAUGCUUACAUGUGAAAGGCACUUGGGGCUCUAUCUUUUUUUCCUCCUAGUUUUUCCUUUAAAUACUCUUAAUGGUCAUUAGUAGACGUCUCUACUAUGAUAGCCUCCUUUAAAGCAGAAGUGGCGAAUGGAAAAAAGUCAACAUCUCAAAUGCUUUCACAUGAUCAAGUCUAUGUGAAAUAGUUUGUUAGGCCAUGUAUUUAAGUAAUUUAAUUGCCUUAUUUAUAUACAUGUAAACAACACAGUUUAAAAAAGAGCAAAAAAACGCUGAAGCAAACAAUGGGAAUCUAGAGCCAUUUUAAUGUAAAACUUCUAAUAACACAUGCCCUAUGUUUAUGCAUAUAUAAAUAUAUAUUUAUUGCUUUGUUUUUUCUCUAAACCAAACACUAACAUGAAUUAUUUUUGUUGGGCACCUAACAGCUUUUUUUUGUUGAGAUUCUACUAUAACUUGUACACCAUUAACAAAUGUGUUACUUUAAAUGAAACUGGACACAUUUGUUGCUUGAGUUUUUAGUGCAGCACAUGCAAUGUGAUAGCUAUGAGCAACCUAUGACCUUCCAUAUAUUGACCUAAAACAAAAAAAGGCACACUGGGCCUUAUUCUGCACUGGUGGUUUUCAAACAGAAGUGAAAAAAUGUGGCCCUGCCAUCUGUCAUUCACUGCCAGGCACUAGUAGUGACAGGUAGUAAAUGACAGGCUGCACCACCAUAUUCGGGUCCUUAUGUGAUGGUGCAAUAACUCCAGCAGAGACUACGCCCAGUGUGCUGUGGGCCCUUGUGCAUAUCUAUAUGGGCUGAAUAAAAUCACCUAUUAUGCUAUGCAAUUAUAGAAGUGCUACUGGAUUCUUUUCUGUUGGCCAAAUAUUGACCUCUCUGCAGGAGAGGGGUUUUCCGGACCAGCACCUGGCACUAACACGAAUGCAAGUUAUACAGUGGGUUGAGCUCUUCAUUGUGCAUUGUGGGCCUAAAAGUUGUCAUCAUCAUUUUGGUGCACAACUUAUCUGAAAACACUGAAACGCAGACUAAUUAAAGAUGUCAUAUAAAUGUAGUUGCCUUAUAGUGGGCAGGCCAUCACCAACUUUUUUUGACAAUCCAUUUGAGAUAAUCUUACUGAGCUUUGCUUUUGCUUUUUUAGCACUGUGUUACUUUGUUGGUAUUUCACACUUUACAGACUGAAGUUGUUCCAACUCUCAGCAUUCUUGUUUCUACAGAGGAACACUUUGCCAAAAUGCUGCUCCUCAUCCUGCUGAGCACUAGUCUUCCCCCACAACAUGACUGCCUGUGCCAUUCAUAAUAAAAAUGCUGCAAACACGUAUUCAUAUUCUUUUUCCCUGUACCUCCACUUUUCUUAAACUGUCAUUUUUUUUUCGUUGUUACAUGGGGGUGCAAAACUAUAAUUGCUGGGGAGAAAAGCCAUUGGUAAUUAGCUUCACAAAUGCACAAACUAUUUCCCUAUUUUUCCACUGAGAAGUACUGUAGAGAAACAUUCCAUUGUAGAUGACAAAAACUCAAAGAACAACGGCCGCCAAAUAUUAGGAUCUGUCAUGAACAACACUGGAUUUAGCAUGUGAGACUAUUUCAUAUAUACUAAAUAUUAUGAUAGGGCUCAUCCUCUGCAGUCUAAUGUUGUAUCUCAUAUUGUCAUUGUAUUGUUCUCCUAUAUGCCUUACAUGUGAAAUAUUAAGAAUCAGUAUAGUUGUGUUUUGGUACUUUGGAUGUCAGAGAAAUGUUGCAUAAAAUAUGACUGUUUUGUAUAUAGGAGGGGGAAACAUUUGAACUUAUCCUGGAAAUAACAAACAUUUUCUACAAAUA